GGCGGUCGAGUGAAGUCAUCUGAUUUGAGAAGUCCCCACGUCUUGUUUCUCAAUUUGUCAUACCAGCCAGAAAAAUAUAAAUCAUGGAAUCUUGAUAUGAGAUAUUUUCACAUCACUAUAUCUUUCUGAUCGAACUUAGCCUCUUCGUUUUGCUGUUGUUCCCGCAUGAACUCUUCUAUAAACUAGACGGGCAAUUAUAUGAUGGUUCUACAAUGUUAACGGUCUAUCCGCCGGUAGCUGUCAGCAACUGCCUGCCAUUUCUGGGCUGUAACACGCUGCAUGAUGCUUCUCCCUGCAAGAAUACUCAUGUUAAUUCCUUGACUAGCAUUGCAACUUCUCCUAGCCCUUUACAUGGUCCCUGUAAUAAUGUAGUUCGCAGGGAGACCUCUCCCUUUUCAUGGAAAAGCCGUAAUCAACUUGACACUCAUGCUUUUUCACACAGAGUGCCUGCUAAGAAAUGGCUGUGCCAAUCUCAUGAUGCUAUUUCACCGGAUGAUGAGUAUCGUUCAUCGCGCAACAUAGCAAUCAGCUUGUUCAGACGAUAUCGGAAUGCCAUUGAGCGUGGCGGAGGUGACACCCUAAAAGAAUUCAUUAGUGCAGGCGUAAAUGCAUAUGCACUAGGCUGCACUGAUGAAGGAAUAAGGAAAGAACUCAUUGCUUUGAAGGAAUCCGGUACUGAAAUUGGAGCGAUGCAAAGUUACGGUGGAGGCACCAGUCUGAAGUCCAAGAUUUUCUCAGAGGAGGUAAACGAGUGUAUUCUGUGGCUGAGCAUUAUAUUCAUCACGAUAUUGUGCACACCGCAACCAACCAUAGUAAGAUGGUCAGCUACACCACCAGUUUCUGAUGAAAUACAGCUUCAAUGGAAAGGAUUCUGUGCUCUUAUAGCAAAUGCAUAUUUUGGAAGGGGAAUGGCAUGGCUUCCAGUGAAGACUCUUCAGCUAGAGCAAAUGGCAGUCGUGGGACGUGCAGAGGAGCCAUCAGUAGUAGCCAGCCGAAUGCGACUAGUUUUUAGCACAUUAGAGGUAGUAAGUCAACAAUGGCCAACUGUCUAGCAGCAUGCUACAAUAUCAACAAUAACUUUUCCCCUAUUUGGCCUAUGGUUUAAUUUGAUAAUUGUAAAUUAUCAUUUAUAUAAUAUUAAUCAACUUUCAUGGGAAAGUUUCCUGUAAUCUGUCAUGGCUGCGGUAUUAUCAAUGGUUUAUAUUGCUGUUGUCCCCGUAA